CGUCCAGUCACGGCAGCUCUUGUGCUGCUUUAAAAAGUGACAAACAGAUUCCUGCGUCAUCGUCAGUAUGGAUCACAUAUGAGGCGAUGAAGACGACUGCAGAGAGACGCCUGAAAGAAAAAGACACAACAGGAGGACAACAUGACGAGGAUUUUCAUUUUUCUGGUCCUGGGGACACUUGUUGUCAGAGGGGCUCCAGCCAUCAAUGAGGCAGAGGAGGAGGACAAUAUUACCAUCAGUCUGGACAGUCGUGUCCAAACUGACAUGUCUCACACCAACGUGAUUUGUUUUUUUCAGUCAUAUAAGAUUUUAUAUAAAAUGAUAAAAGGUGUGGAGGACUCAGAGUCUCAGCAUGAGCAGUUUGCAGGACGGGUUCAGAGUGACAGAGACGCUCUGAGAGGAGGACGAGUCACACUUCAUCUGUUCAGAGUCACAGCUGAAGACUCUGGAAACUACAGCUGCGAUCUCACUGCUGAUUAUGACGGCAGCCUGGAGAGACGGCAGCUCCUGACCUCUGAGCAUUUUGUCGUGAGUGUGACUCGGACCUCUCACAGACCAAGCAGCAACGAGUCCACAGACACAUCUCAACAAGCAACAGCUUCAGGUGAGAAACUCAAACCAGCGUGUUCACAGCAUCAACAAGCUGUCUGCCCAAAUCCCAGCAAAGUUGGACCAGUUCUGGCAGUGGUGGCUCUGACAUUGCUGUUUGUUAGCAUUAAAUAUCCACUGCUUCCAGCUCUCCUCAGACCUCUGACAUGCACGUGUACGUGCACGUCUGUGGUAUGAAGCUCCAAACUAGGAUGAACCUCCAUCAGUUCAGCUGAUGUUUAUAAAACUGCUCAAGCAGAAUAUCCCAACCUGCUCCAGCUGUGAUUGGAGAUGAUAAUAAUCAGCAGAGGACGGGACUCAUCGGUCAUUUGCAUCUCUCAUGGCGCUCAUGAGGAGAGUGUUUCUGAAGCAGAGAGUCAACACAUGAAAAAUGGAUGUUUAUUGAAAAUCAAGUAUGAUAUAAAAUGUGUCAAGUUACUGAAUGAUGACCAAAAAUCAGAGCUGUGCUAACAGUGUUUCAGCAACUGAGUCCAGAAAGAGAGAUAAUACACACAUACGUGUGUGUGUGUGUGUGUGUGUGUAUGUGUGUGUGCGUGUGUGUGUGUGUGUGUGU